AGAAUCUGAGAGUCAGAAUGUGUGAUGUGAAGAUUGUUCGCAUUUUUUUUAAAUUUUAGAACAGAAAAUGAAACUACAAAGGUUCUUGAAAGCUGCUCUGAGUGAUGGAUAAUAUCAAUAAAAUUGGCUUAGAUAAAUGUUCUUAUUUUCAUGUUCUGUUAAGUGUUUCUAUAUCUCAUAUACGGAAGACGGUCGUAGAAGUGAGACCAUGUCAAGAACACAAUUUGUUCUAUAUGGCAAACAAUUAUUAUUGCCAAGUCAUUUGGAACGGGAGAAUGAAAGGUACGAUCCGACCUCGGCUGAGUCGAAUGAGCGAAUGGAGCAGGAAAUUAUCAAUUGGGAAAGAGAUGAACACCAAUCUGACAAAAACGAACCCCUUAUCAAACCAUCCCGAUUCGGAAAAAUAGAAAGCGGAAGCCAUAAGACAAUUAACACUGAAAAAAAGAGUUUGUUCCUUCGGUCAGUGAACAAUAGUAAAGGACAUGUUAAUGAUAUAGUCCCCGAAGAGUUGGGCAGCUCGACAGAAGAAAGGAGUAGGAAAAAAUACAAAACCCACAUAAUGAGUCACCCGAGAACCUUAGGAGCAGCUGUCGACAGUGUAGCUUGUUGUUCGGACCAAAAGUUUUUCCCUUCACCAGGAAAAGAUUACUCUUUCCAUGCAUUAGCGCUUAAGCAAAAAUCGGAGAACUUUACUCAGCGCUUUGUGGCAAUUAUAAAAUCGAAGGAACUUGAUCAAGCUGAUGUUAAAAUGGGAAAAAGUGAGAAGGCUGGAGAUAUUAAAAAUGAACACCCAAAGAUAGCAGAAAACGACAAUGGUAGCGAAAUUGACUUGUGUAGCCCUUCAAGCUGUCAAGAGGUACUUGAAAUCUCCGAUGAUAGAAUGAAUUAUUCUAUCAGUAAAGAUUACUCACUUAUGUACAACGUGUCUCCAUGUUCAUCAUCGCUGUCGGUUUGCGAUGAAGAUGAGAAACAGGAUCAUAUUGAUAAGUUACAAAGUACUGAAAAAAAUCUCAAUUCCACACAAGUCUAUUUUAAAUUUGGAGAUUCCAAAAGACUUAGUUCGGACAAAGCUGCUGGCAAUAUUCCUUUGGAUUAUUUAGACGGAUUGAUCAAGAAGUAUAAUGUUCCUAUAGAAGCAACAAAACAGUCGAAUUGCGCUAACAAAAUUUCCCCCGAUUUGAAUGAAAUGUACGAUAACAGCCGAAAUGGAAUCUCCGAGAACGACAUGCAAAUAAAUUUGAAUCCAACGGAACUGUUAGAUUUCAAAACCGAAGCUGACCAACAGAAGCGUCUUUCUGACACGUAUAUUCGAAAUACAGAGUCCGUUGUAAAGCGCACAAUUGAUUCCACUUAUGUCAACCAGGAUCAUGUUGAUGUUGGGUACGACAUGCUAAUAGAUUCGAUUCCCUUGGGUUUUGAAGCCGAGCAAAGCUUCAGUACCCGACCUGAAGAACGGAAGGAUCGAUCAGUUUCGUUUUUAAGAGGAACAAAAUCCGAUGUCUUCUUGACAGGUUUGAGAAAACGCGAACGAGAUACCACUUCGCCCAUUGUGAGGCACAAAACUGAUUCAUUCAAUGGCAGCGAGGAUCGUACUAAUAUCGAGCAUGGCGUGCAAAAAGAUUCGAUUCUGUCGAACCUGUUGGGCUGCAAAGCCAAGCAAGUCCUCGUUCGACCGACGUUGAAAAGCACGCGCUCUGAAGAACAGAAUCAUCAAAUUAGUAAGUUUUUUCGAAGAACAUCGUCCGAUGCUUCACCCAUUGUGAAGCGUAAAACUGAUUCCAAUAACGGCAGCAUGAAUAGAAGUGAUGUUAUGCAAAAAGAUUCGAUUCCAUUGGGUUUGGAAAUAGAACAGAUCUUCUCCACACGAGCUGAAGAACAGGAGCGUCCAUUUGGCACGUAUUUUCGAAAAACAAAAUGCGAUAUCUUGUUGACACGUCCAACCGAUUCCACUAAUGACAGCAUACCUCGUACUGAUGCCACGUAUGACGUCCACAAUGAUUCGAUUCCGUCGGACCAGUUCGCUUUCGAAGCCGAGCAACUCCUCAUUCGAGAGAGGGCCAUAAGCAGCCGACCUGAGGUACAGACGCUUAAAUUUGGUACGUAUUUUCGAGCACCAAAGUCCGAUGUCUUCUCGGUAGGUUCAAGAACACGCGAAAGAGACAACACCUCGCCUAUUGUGAAGCGCUAUACGGAUUGCACUAAUCACAGCAUGGAUCAUAUUGAUGAUGGGUAUGAUGUGCAGAAAAAUUCGAUCCCUUCGGAUCAGUUGCGUUUCGAAGCCAAGCAGCUCCUCAUCCGAGAGACGGCAACGUGCAUCCAAGCUGAAGAACAGGAACAUCAUUCUGGCCCGUUUUUUCAAAGAACAAAGUCCGAUGUCUAUUCGGCAGGUUCGAGAAAACGCGAACCAAUUACUACCUCGCCCAUUGUGAGGCAUGAAACCGAUUCAACUAAGCAGCAGCUCCUUAUUGUUCCAAGGUUCGAUUUCGUUCCAGCAGGUCCAAGCAAACGCAAUCGAGACAUUACGUCACCUAUUGCUAAGCCCAAAACCGAUAAUACCCAUACGUUUGAAGAAUUUGAUAAAGAUCAAACAAAAGCUUUAGGCAGCGCCGUUCAGCAGAAGCAUGAACCUGAAGUGCCUAUCCAAAAAACUGCGUCGGUUUCAGCAAGUUCGAGCAAAUAUGAACAAAGCAUCAAGUGGCCCAUUGCGAAGAUCCACGUCGGUUCUACUGAAAAAUGCAAAGAACUUAUUACGUCUCCGCGGGUUGAAGUGCGACCAAUGAUCUCUCGACCAAACUAUGAAACAAUGUCGUCCCCAUUGUUACAAAAUGAGCUUUCCAAAUAUGGCUUAAAACCGAUGUCAAGGAGAACAGCAGAACAGAUGCUAAAUCACAUUUACGACGAACUGCAUCCAUUCGUGGAAAUAGUUGAAGUGGAAUGCGAUGUGAGUAAAAUUAUGUAGAUUCUAGUGUGGUACUACCUUAAAGGGAUAGUAAAAUAAAAACGGAUUCCAGAAAA